AUUAAUGCUUAGUAUAUUUGAUUAUUUUGUACCUCUAUAUAGUUCACUUGUUUGUGGGUUGGUUAUUUGUUAUACCUUACAUUUUCUCAGAACACCUGGAAUGUAACAAUCAGUGCUUGUCAUGUUUUCUCAAAGUGACUCAUUAAUUAAAAACAGAAGGACGACUGCCCACAUACCACAGGUGAAUGAGAUGACAACAUGUAAAAAUGUAGAUGUAAUAGGAAAAAUAAUUUCUCCAAAAAGAAAUAGGAAAUAUCUGAUUAAUUUCACAAUGCGGGUGACCGAGACAUGUUUAACAGUCCUAUGGGAUGCAACCUGCUCAUGACGCAAGCCAGCGGAAAGCUAAUGACGUUUUGCGCAUGCUCACGUCGAGCCAGAGAAAGCUGCUAGGAAAAAGUACAAGAGACAAAGGAAUAAACAACUCAAGGAGUGGAGGCGAAAACAUCAACUUAGAGCAACGAAAGCAGCUCAGACUCUAAACGUUCGCGUGCAGGUAGAAGGUUUUGCCUGCAUUCUCACGGUGCUGUAACUACUAUGGCAGUUGUCCACCCUGCCAGGAUUCUGCACUGCUGACCCAUUUACUCCCAGUCAGCUGUACAAGUCAAGUUACAAGUCUUUUCCUCCCUUAUGUCAGCCAAAAUGGAAAGAACUGCUUUGCCCAACUGAUUGUAAUGGUGCUCAGCAUGUCUUCAAGCAAUCACUAUAUGAGGAGCACCGGAGGAGGAGACAGUCAGAUUCUUAGCUUCUAAGAAGAUACUCCAGUUUCACAGUCCACGUGUGCUUUUCUUAUUUCCACUGAUUCUGUUUUAAAUUAAAAGGUGCCCUGGCUCACCUUUUAUCCCAGUAGCUACCUCCCCUCCCCUUGCCACUCAUCCCAAGCAGCUGAGAGGUUGCUGUGGAGAUGAUAGUGGUGACAUAGCAGCAGCAGGAAUGGGGAGUACUCCAUGUUCUGGUAAGGGGAGGGGGGUAGUGGGUUUUCAGGAGCUUGGCUGUAUGCCAUGGAAGGUCCGCAAGCAGAAAGGAGAAGCUGGACGUGGGUCUGAGCUGGAGGAGAGGCCGAAUGCUGGAACACCUCCCACCUCCUCACAACCUCCUGUUAUCUACCAUGAAAAGCAGCAUCGAGAACUGUGCGCUCUGCACGCCCUAAACAAUGUCUUCCAGGACGGAGCAGCUUUCAGCAGGGAUGCGCUUCAGGACAUCUAUCAGAGGCUCUCCCCAAGCACUUUGGUCACGCCCCAUAAGAAAAACAUGCUGGGUAAUGGCAACUAUGAUGUGAAUGUCAUCAUGGCUGCGUUGCAGACUCGUGGCUUUGAGGCUGUUUGGUGGGACAAGAGAAGGGAUGUUGGCAGCAUUGCACUGCCAAAUGUCACCGGUUUCAUCUUGAAUGUGCCAUCCAAUCUGCGCUGGGGGCCUCUGCGACUUCCACUGAAGCGCCAGCACUGGAUUGGAGUUCGAGAGGUGGGAGGUGUCUACUAUAACUUGGACUCAAAACUGCGCAGUCCUCAUGCUAUUGGAACAGCCGAUGAACUUAGCUUCGAGGGAAGAACUGUGAACUCCUAUUGGUUGUGCCAGAAGAGGUGGAAAUCCACCAGACGUGGAGGUCUGAUAACUGAUGAAUGUUUCAGAUCACUUUAUUGGGGGGGGGUCUUCAGUUCAUGCUCAGGAGGGACAUGUGUGGUUCAAUCAGGGAACCAUUUAAGGAGCAAAUGGAGUUGCAUUCAACCAGUUAUGAAAGCACACUGGUCAGACUUUGUUUACACACACACGCAGCUGGACUCUUGCCAUGGAGAUUAUAGCAGCACAGGACACACAGGGAUAUCACAAGUCAAUUAAACACUAAACCGAUUUAUGAGAAUUUUGUUUGGAAUUUGGUAAUCUGAUGCAUUUUUUUUAUACGUUGGUUAUUUCUUUUACUUUGUACUGUUUCUGACUUGAAAGUUAGAGGUAAUGGAAUAAUUAGUGAUGUGCUCUCCCUGUGCAUCACCUUCCAAAUGUUCAUUUUCCAAAUCAUUUCUUUCUUUCCAUGUGAUUUCCCACGCAUCCAUGUGAUUGAGUGAACUGUUAGCCACACAUCUAAGCAUCCUGUCUCACAUUACAGAUCACAGAAAAAGAUAUAUGUUUGACCAACUGGAUUUGUAACACAAUGGUUCAUAUGUACUUAUUUGGAUCAUGAACUUGAAGAUUUAGAAAGGAACACCAGUAGCUCCUGCUUGAAUAUUUCUUACAUAAUGAAAGGGUUAGUUCACCCAAAACUGAAAAUUCUCUAAUUAUUUACUCACCCUCGUGCCAUCCCAGAUGUGUUUGACUUUCUAUCUUUUGCUGAAUGCAAACAAAGAUUUUUAGAGGAAUAUUUCAGCUCUGCAGGUCCUCAAAAUGCAAGAGAAUGGGUACCAAAAAUUUGAAGCUUCAAAAAGCAUAUAAAGGCAGCAUAAAAGUAAUCAAUUCGACUCCGUGUCUUCAGAAGCGAUAAGUGUGGGUGUGAAAAAGAUCAAUAUUUAUGUCCUUUUUUUACUAUAAAUUCUCCUCCCUGGCCAGGAGGUGGCGAUUAUGCACAAAGAAUGCGAAUCACCAAAAGCAAAAGAAGAAUGUGAAAGUGGUGAUUGAUAGUAAAAAAUGACUUGCAUAUUGAUCUGUUUCUCACCCACACCUAUUAUAUCGCUUCUAUUGACAUGGAUUUAACCACUGGAGUCGUAUUAAUUACUUUUUACGCUAUCUUUGUGCUUUUUGGAGCUUCAAAGUUCUGGUCACCAUUAACUUGCUUUGUAUGGACCUACAGAGCUGAGAGAUUCUUCUAAAAGUCUUUGUAUUCAUCAGAAGAAAAUCAUACACAUCUUGGAUGGCAUGAAGUUGAGUAAAUGAUGAGAAUUUUCAUUUUUGGGUGAACUAUCCCUUUAAUGGCAUAGUGACAGAUGAGAUGUGUCCGGUGUAUCACAGUACAGCGUGGCACACAAUAACUGGAUGUUCUGUGUUAGUUUCUUAUAACAUUAAUUACCAAAACAGCCAUAUGUUAAUCUCUCAAUUUAAACUGUUGCUCUCAACACUCUGGUUAUAAUGUUCUUGUUAGAAACAGCUAGGAUUUCUAGACCCUGGCCUACAUGUAGGGGACCUAGCAGGAACAGGUGAGCAUUAGUAGUAAAAAAAAAAAAAAAAAUUAAACUGUCAAAAACUCUGUACUUUAAAACAAAGCUGAAAAUGCUGUUGAGAGCAUU